UUCUAAAAACGCGUCGUGUCAAACUGUUCUGUUCGUUUCUAUAGUAAUGGAAUGUUUGAUAUUUGGAAUGUUGCAGAAAACAUUACUUUAGCAAAACAAUUUCGACGAGCGGCAAUACAGAUUUUCUUGAAGAAAAAUUUAUCGACUUUUCUCCUCACUUUGCAUAAGGACUUUUGUCUGGUCAGAAAAAAACGCUACACAGUAUGCAGGACAGACCGGAGUGUCUGUCGUACUGCUUGUGCUACAAGAAGAAGGCUGGCUUCUGUCUGGACAGGGUGUCCUACAACGAAAAAAAGGUACUCCUGAGACUGUUCUUGAAUCUUCAGGAGCAGGGCUCAGUGAACGUCUAUAUUACAGUUGAGGAUGUCAUGGAAUGGUUUUUCCGCCAUGAGAGGAAGAUGCUCAAAGACUGGUUCCCUGAGUUAAAAGAGUCAUGUGAUGACGAAACCUGGCUGGCCUGGCAGGUCAAUGCCCAUCUCAGGAUGCAGGACAUUGAGCAGGAGGUCAGGAGAGAGCUGAUCGUCAGACAUCUGUCCAGUGUGUCUCGUGAGGGCAAUGAGCUGCAGGAUUGUGAACAACAUGUCCCCUCAGCUCCGUCUGAUCUAGAGUCACCUGAGAAGCGUCCAGAUGACCUCAAGAUUCAUCUUCUGAGGAGAAUCUUGAGUGACCUUGAGAUUGAGCUCCAGUAUUAUCAGUGCUCUCGUCUACACACCCGGCUAGAGGUGGUGGCGGACCUGGUCACCAGACUGAUCUACACCAUGAAGACAGAUCCCAGUGGCACUCCUUACCAUGGGUCCUCCAUGCAGCUGACAGAGCUGUCCGUGGAUAUUGCCCGUGCAGUGCUGAGGAGGUUGUCCUCUACUUUACCAAUGUCAAACCUACAAGCACACUACUCCCGUCCAGCGGCUGCUAGGAUGACCCACUCCAUCCAUCACAAGCUUGUGAAGGCCAUGUAUACUGCUGAUGCCAUGAAGAAGUUCUUGUGCACCGGCGAUGAGACUCUAAUGGCCACCGUCAUUGACUUUGUGUCAGUGAAAGUUACCAGGCUUUUUCAGAUGUCUUUUCAAAGGCCUUCACAACCACCCUCCAUCUUGAGACUGUUCAUGAUCGCUAGUAACUACAAGAGUUCACCAACUACUGCUCAGAAGCUGGUGAUUCACAUUGAGGCAGUGACUUCAGUUUUGACACUUGUGUUGCUGCAGAUGUACUCUCAGGAAGACACAGGAUUUACAUUCGAAGCUCAUAAUUGGCCACUGAUUGAGCAUGUGGUAAACAGACUGUCUCACUCUGGUGUGAAAGUCACAAAGAAGAAAGCUAAAGUCAAUUGUUAUUUCAACAUGAAUGAGGUGGUUUGUAUGGUGAACUCCAUCUGUAAAGAUGUAUUCAGAAUGUAUGGCAGCAUGAAAUCUCUCAUGGAGGCAUUAUCCAAUAAGAACAGGAUGGUGUCCAGAGACAUUGGCCGUCUGGUGUCUGUCCAACUUGAGAUGGUAUGCCGCAAUAGGAAAAUGGAGACACUGCCAUUUGAGCUGCCACCUUGCCCUGACCUGGAAAAGGUCAUAUGUGGUGUAGUGGCAAGAUUUGUCCAUGCCCUUGUCCCAGUAACGAUGGCGGAUAAGGACGACCUAAUCAUAUGCCUUCUACUGGUGGACCAGAUUCGUUUUCUCACCAAAGUGACUCUUUUCCAGUCCCAGGAAGCCAAUUAUCUUUCCUGUCACCUCAAAGAUCUCUCAUCGGAUACAAUCGAACAACUAGGUGACAUGGUUUAUAAUCAAUACGCAGAGUCCUUCCCGUUGUAUGACGUUCAGGACCAGUUACACACAUUAGUGAUGGAUAAACAUCAGAGCUAUAUGAUCAGUACCAUGAUUACAACAACUCUGCAGGAUUACGUGACACUACUUGAUAACAUCUCCUGUGAGGAACACAAGGAGGCACCUACCUCAAGUGCACCACAGCCACCUCCUGGAUUCACUCUACCUGAUGCACCACCUGUUGUGAAGCCACCUCCUGGAUUCACUCUACCUGAUGCAUCACCUGUUGUGAAGGCACCUCCUGGAUUCACUCUACCUGAUGCAUCACCUGUUGUGAAGCCACCACCAGGUUUUACUGUACCUCCUGCCACCUCAGCUGCAGUGAGACCACCACCAGGGUUUCAUCUACCUGAUGCAUCACCUGUUGUGAAGCCAUCACCAGGUUUUACUGUACCUCCUGCCACCUCAGCUGCAGUGAGACCACCACCAGGGUUUCAUCUACCUGCCACGUCACCUGCAGUGAAGCCACCACCAGGUUUUACGGUACCUCCUGCCACCUCAGCUGCCGUGAGACCACCACCUGGAUUUGAUCUUCCUGCCACUUCACCUGUAGUGAAGCCACCUCCUCGGUUUGAUCAGCCUGCCAUAUCACCUGCAGUGAAGCCACCUCCUGGGUUUGAUCUGCCUGCCUCCUCAGCUGUAGUGAAGCCACCACCAGGUUUUACUGUACCUCCUCCCACCUCAGCUGCAGUGAAGCCACCUCCUGGGUUCCUGCUUCCAGAUGCAUCCCCUGCAGUGAAGCCACCUCAUGGUUUUACUCUACCUGAUGCAUCCCCUGCAGUCAAACCCCCACCAGGGUUCCCUUUGCCUGUAACAUCACCUGCAGUACGACCACCUCCUGGGUUUGCUCUGCCCAACCCUUCACCUGCAGUGAAGCCACUUCCUGGUUUUACUAUAACGGACACAUUGCCUGCAGUGAAGCCUCCUCCUGGGUUUGCCUUACCCAAUGCCUCAGCUGCAGUCCGAGCAGUGAAGCCUCCUUCUGAGCUCCUGGUUGCAGACGUCUCACCUGCAGCACAGCCCCCGUCUGGGUUUCUCCUUUCUGAGUGCACGAGACCUGAAUUGUGCCCAGAAGUUCCAGAUUGGGAGAUGGAGGAUGAGGCUCAAGACAUUGAGAAGAAUCAUCAUGUGUGUGCACAAGACAAAGCAAUGACAGUAACAUCCAAUGACUCAAAAGAUGUCCAGAAUCAUGCAGCACUGCCAUCUGAGAGAGUCAAGUCCACCAAGAAGAAGGGACUGAAGGCCUUUCUGCAGAAGAUAAGGAAGGCGUUGAGAUUUCGGGCAUCCUCCAGUGACUCAGAGGGAGGCGCGCUGAGGCUCUCUAGAAGUCACUAAAAAAACAAACAAACAAAAAACUUUAAAAACAUGAAUUCAUUUUGACAUUACCCUUAUUUCUACGGAACCAUUAAUUAACCAUUAAUACAUAAGUAACGUGUGUAUGUAUUAGUGGUCAAUAAGGUCUGUCUUAAACACUACACAUUUAUUAAGUCUUUAUUCAGCAAUGUGUUCUUACUCAAUAAGUGAUUUAUUUUAGUUGGUCUUGAUCUAAGGUUGUUGAUAUAUAGUAUGGAUGAAAAUAGAAACUCUAUAGCCUUCUAAUACAUUGUCAUAAUAUGUUACUAUUCUGUCAUUGUAAGUCACAUAUUCAGACAUUGUAUUAGGAGUUUAUUUGAGUCAGAGAAUUCUGUAUUUUUGAGCCAUACUGUAUACCAGUAACCUUACAUCAACACCAAAUAGCUGUUUAUUAAGGAUUAGAAUAAAUAAUUGAUUAAGAUUAAGACAUUGUUCAUUAAAGACUUGUGAAUAAAUGUGAAUUAAUACUUAAUACAGACCUUC